GCAGAGUUCAUGGUUUUGUAGCCCUCAAGGUAUGCCUAAGCCAGCUGAUGGGAGAGCGUCAACAGCCCUUUCUGGGAAAGUUGCUCCCACCCUGGAAAAGGUCACAUUCAUUCAUGCAUUCAUUCAUUCAUUCAAGCGUUUAUCGAGCAUUUGCCAGAAGCACAAGGCCUGGGGACUCUAGUUGUGAAUGACGUGAACACAGUCUCUGCUUGCAAGGAAAAAGGCAGCCAGCCAACAAGGGAAAGAGAGGCAAGUACUAGUCACCUUUUCAUUUCUGUGGCCAAACACCUGUGAGGAACAAUUUAAAGGAGCGGGGGUUUCUUUUUGGCUGAUAGUAUUAGGGGUUUCAAAUCAAAAUGGGGAGGGCAUGGCAGAGCAUAUGUCCAGAUCUUGAUUGCCAGGAAGCAAAGAGAGACUUCCUGUCCCGGUAGCCCCCCUCUGACUUCUUUUCAUCCUGUAGGCUCCUAUAACCUAUGGGAUCAUACCACCCACAUCCAGGGCAGCUCUUUGGGAGCCCUCGCCCAUGCAGUGUGCUUUACUGAUCUCCUAGGCACACUUCUCAGCCCAACCACCUUGAUCCUCAAGAUUACCCAUCAUGCAAUAAUCUUGGAGUGGGAGACAUAUGAACACCUCAAGCAAGGCUGUGAUGCAGGUGAAAUGGAUAUUAAGAAGUAUCUCUGUGGCCAGGUAUGGUGGCACAUGCUUUUACUUGCAGUACUUACGAGGCAAAGGCAGGCAGACCUCUGUGAAUUAAAGGCCAGGCUGCUCUGCAUAGUGAAUGCAAGAUUGCAUAGUGAGACCCUGUCUCAAAAGAAAAUCCUACAGAUGGAUGGAUGGAGAUAAAGCCUAUCCACAGGGCUGGAGAUGACUCAGAGGUUAAGAUUAAGGCUGCUCUUCUAGAGGACCUGAGUUUGGCUAGCUAGUCCAUUCUUCUCCUCUCUCCUCCUCUGCCUCGCUCUGCUGUAGAGACUACAUCCUGAAGACUACACCUCCCAGGCUCCCGUGCAGUUAGCAGUAGUAAUUGACAUGUUGCGUAGAUGAGCAGUAACUGGAACUGUGCGAAGGAAGUUUCUGUUGAGGGAAUAACGGCGUGUGACAUUCUCUAGUCUUCUCCACCUGGCUGACAUCUGAAAUCCAAGUCAUGACAGUGAAGUCAAAACCACAAGUAAAAAGUCCCCAGGACUGCAGACGUCCAUUCUGUGUCACCUAGGAAUCUAGCGGUCACAGAAAUACUGGGCUUUGGCUGCCGACCCCCGACCAUGCCAGCAGACCUCAGCGGCACCUGGAACCUUCUCAGCAGUGACAACUUCGAGGGCUACAUGCUGGCCCUGGGUAUCGACUUUGCGACUCGUAAGAUCGCCAAGUUGUUGAAGCCACAGAAGGUGAUCGAACAAAAUGGGGAUUCCUUUACCAUCCACACAUACAGCAGUCUAAGGAAUUAUCUUGUUAAGUUCAAAGUUGGAGAAGAAUUUGAGGAAGAUAACAAAGGCCUGGAUAACAGAAAAUGCAUGAGCUUGGUCACCUGGGAGAACGACAAACUCACUUGUGUGCAGAAAGGGGAGAAGAAGAACAGAGGUUGGAGCCACUGGAUUGAAGGGGGCCAGCUCCACCUGGAAAUGUUCUGCGAAGGCCAGGUGUGCAAACAAACGUUCCAGAGAGCCUGAACCGUCCAGCAGCAGAGCCUAUUUAAGGCUGCUAAGUGCUGAAUUGCCCGCAGGAGGCAUGGGUGUUUAUCUGUCCUGGUUUGAUGAAGGGCCUUGCAAUUGGAAAGAUGUCAUUCAGCCUGUGCUGGAAACAAUUUGGCUGCAGGACAACCUCAGUUUCAAUA